GGCGGUGGUGGGGACUUUGAAGGUCGAGUCGAUAAAGCCCAGCUCUGUGCUUCCGCCCCUUCCCACACACUCGAGACCCCCACAGGUUCCUUCUUAGGGGUCCUUGCCCUGCUCCGCAGUCGCUCCUGGGGAUCCGGGCUCUGCGGUCCAGCGCGACCUGCCUGGGGCCACGUGUUCAAGCACGAAUCCCCUCCGUGGAGUCCACGCCCUUCAAAAGGUCCCUAGGGGUAAGGGGAUGAAGCCAGAAGCUUCAACGUGAGGUCAGGUCCAGCGGGUUAGGGCUACGAGGUCAGGGUCAAAGUCUCAGAACUGGACUCGGGAGCAUGACCAAUAAGCCCAAGAGAUUUGUGGAGGCCACGCCCAGACCAUGCCUGUCCCAGCCUUUCUCGAGCUCCGCCCGUUUCUCCAAGACCGGCCCCCUGCAGCCUGAAGCCCCACCCCCGGGACAUCCAGCUCCGCUCCUUCACUUCCCCAGUACGGCAGCCAAGCUCAAUUCCACGGUGGGAGAUUAACCUGGUGGAGACCUGGGAUUUCGCUCUGGGACCCCCGGUCACAACCCUCACCCCCGUGCCGCCUGUCUCUUUUCUUCCCCAGGCCCGCCCAGAGCUGAGCUCCGCCCUCCGGCUGCGGCCCAAAUCAGGGGUCGUGGACAAAGGAUGCGUGGGGCCUGCGGCGCUACGCCAGGACCCCGCGCCGAAUACUCUGAUUCUUCGGGCUCCCUCCAAGGGAGUCCCAAAGACCCCAAUGGCCAAUAGGAAAGUGGGUUCGGUCUGGGCAGCAGUCUGAUUGGCUCCAGCCUUCGGGAGCGGACCCAGGGGCAAGGGGAGGAGAGAGGGGCGGUCCUGGAUUUUGGGGUGGGAAUCGGAUUCCAGCUGUGGUUCUCUCCCGGCGCUCCCGCCCGCACUGCCACGGCGGACCGCCAAUGGACGCGCGGUUCGGGGCCGGCGGCGUCCGGCGAUUGGCUGCGGGGCUGUCUGGGGGCGGGGCCGAGGCUUGAAGUUGGAGUGAGGGAUCCAGCUGUGGUGUGCGCCGGGCUCCUCGCCGCCGCUUUCGCUCGCUCGCUCCGCGUCUCGGCCGGAGGAGGAGGCAGUGGCGCCGGCGACAGCUACGGCAGCGGCAGCCACCGCGGCGGCUGCGGCGGCGGCAUCUCCGCCUCCACUCCUGCCCGGGACUGCCCCCCACCGUCUCCCCGCCCCUCCCGGACCGUGAGCCCGCCGCGGGGCGGGGGAAGGAGCCGCCCCCACCCCCUCCAAGCCCACCCCUAAAGAGAUCCCUCCUCCCCUCCCCCGCCGCCUGGCGCGGAGCCGGGACGAUGCUGACCCCUUAGAUCCGGCUCCAGCUGCGCCGCGGGAAGAGGGGGCGCCCCUCCCCGGACCCCCGCCCUUCGCCGCUGCCCCCCUUUUCGCUCGCCCUCUCGGGGCCGCUUCGCCGAAGGUAGCGCCGAAUCCGGCAACCGGAGCCUGGGCGCGAAGCGAAGAAGCCGGAACAAAGUGAGGGGGAGCCGGCCGGCUGGCCCGGGGAGCCCCAGGGGCGCAGGGGAAGCGGGACUUGCGCCGGGCGGGGUUUCCCUGCGCCCCGGCGCCCCGCGGGCAGCAUGCCCCUGCGGGCAGGGGGAGCUGGACUGAACUGGCCCUCCCGGGGGCUCAGCUUGCGCCCUAGAGCCCCCCAGAUGUGCCCCUGCCGGGGCUCCCGGGUUGCGUGAGGACACCUCCUCGGAGGGGCGCCGCUUGCCCCUCUCCGGACCGCCCGGGGCCCCGGCUGGCCAGAGGAUGGACGAGGAGGAGGAUGGAGCGGGCGCAGAGGAGUCGGGACAGCCCCGGAGCUUCAUGCGGCUCAACGACCUGUCGGGGGCCGGGGGCCGGCCGGGGCCGGGGUCAGCAGAAAAGGACCCGGGCAGCGCGGACUCCGAGGCGGAGGGACUGCCGUACCCGGCGCUGGCCCCGGUGGUUUUCUUCUACUUGAGCCAGGACAGCCGCCCGCGGAGCUGGUGUCUCCGCACGGUCUGUAACCCCUGGUUUGAGCGUAUCAGCAUGUUGGUCAUCCUUCUCAACUGUGUGACCCUGGGCAUGUUCCGGCCGUGUGAGGACAUCGCCUGUGACUCCCAGCGCUGCCGGAUCCUGCAGGCCUUUGAUGACUUCAUCUUUGCCUUCUUCGCCGUGGAGAUGGUGGUGAAGAUGGUGGCCUUGGGCAUCUUUGGGAAAAAGUGUUACCUGGGAGACACUUGGAACCGGCUUGACUUUUUCAUCGUCAUUGCAGGGAUGUUGGAGUACUCGCUGGACCUGCAGAACGUCAGCUUCUCAGCUGUCAGGACAGUCCGUGUGCUGCGACCGCUCAGGGCCAUUAACCGGGUGCCCAGCAUGCGCAUCCUUGUCACGUUGUUGCUGGACACACUGCCCAUGCUGGGCAACGUCCUGCUGCUCUGCUUCUUCGUCUUCUUCAUCUUUGGCAUCGUCGGCGUCCAGCUGUGGGCAGGGCUGCUUCGGAAUCGAUGCUUCCUACCUGAGAAUUUCAGCCUCCCUCUAAGCGUGGACCUGGAGCGCUAUUACCAGACAGAGAAUGAGGAUGAGAGCCCCUUCAUCUGCUCCCAGCCACGCGAGAACGGCAUGCGGUCCUGCAGAAGCGUGCCCACGUUGCGUGGGGAGGGGGGCGGUGGCCCACCUUGUGGUCUGGACUAUGAGGCCUACAACAGCUCCAGCAAUACCACCUGUGUCAACUGGAACCAGUACUACACCAACUGCUCAGCGGGGGAGCACAACCCCUUCAAGGGCGCCAUCAACUUUGACAACAUUGGCUAUGCCUGGAUCGCCAUCUUCCAGGUCAUCACGCUGGAGGGCUGGGUCGACAUCAUGUACUUUGUGAUGGAUGCUCAUUCCUUCUACAAUUUCAUCUACUUCAUCCUCCUCAUCAUCGUGGGCUCCUUCUUCAUGAUCAACCUGUGCCUGGUGGUGAUUGCCACGCAGUUCUCAGAGACCAAGCAGCGGGAAAGCCAGCUGAUGCGGGAGCAGCGUGUGCGGUUCCUGUCCAAUGCCAGCACCCUGGCUAGCUUCUCUGAGCCCGGCAGCUGCUAUGAGGAGCUGCUCAAGUACCUGGUGUACAUCCUUCGUAAGGCAGCCCGCAGGCUGGCUCAGGUCUCUCGGGCAGCAGGUGUGCGAGCUGGGCUGCUCAGCAGCCCAGCACCCCUUGGGGGCCAGGAGACCCAGCCCAGCAGCAGCUGCUCUCGCUCUCACCGCCGCCUGUCCGUCCACCACCUGGUGCACCACCACCACCACCAUCACCACCACUACCACCUGGGCAAUGGAACGCUCAGGGUCCCCCGGGCCAGCCCAGAGAUCCAGGACAGGGAUGCCAAUGGGUCCCGCCGGCUCAUGCUGCCGCCACCCUCGACGCCUGCCCUCUCCGGGGGCCCCCCAGGUGGCGCAGAGUCUGUGCACAGCUUCUACCAUGCCGACUGCCACUUAGAGCCAGUCCGCUGCCAGGCACCCCCUCCCAGGUCCCCAUCUGAGGCAUCCGGCAGGACUGUGGGCAGCGGGAAGGUGUAUCCCACCGUGCACACCAGCCCUCCACCGGAGACGCUGAAAGAGAAGGCACUAGUAGAGGUGGCUGCCAGCUCUGGGCCCGCAACCCUCACCAGCCUCAACAUCCCACCCGGGCCCUACAGCUCCAUGCACAAGCUGCUGGAGACACAGAGUACAGGUGCCUGCCAAAGCUCUUGCAAAAUCUCCAGCCCUUGCUUGAAGGCAGACAGUGGAGCCUCUGGUCCAGACAGCUGCCCCUACUGUGCCCGGGCGGGGGCAGGGGAGGUAGAGCUCGCCGACCGUGAAAUGCCUGACUCAGACAGCGAGGCGGUUUAUGAGUUCACACAAGAUGCCCAGCACAGUGACCUCCGGGACCCCCACAGCCGGCGGCAACGGAGCCUGGGCCCAGAUGCAGAGCCCAGCUCUGUGCUGGCCUUCUGGAGGCUAAUCUGUGACACUUUCCGAAAGAUUGUGGACAGCAAGUACUUUGGCCGGGGAAUCAUGAUUGCCAUCCUGGUCAAUACACUCAGCAUGGGCAUCGAAUACCAUGAGCAGCCUGAGGAGCUUACCAACGCCCUAGAAAUCAGCAACAUCGUCUUCACCAGCCUCUUUGCCCUGGAGAUGCUGCUGAAGCUGCUCGUGUAUGGUCCCUUUGGCUACAUCAAGAAUCCCUACAACAUCUUUGAUGGUGUCAUUGUGGUCAUCAGCGUGUGGGAGAUCGUGGGCCAGCAGGGGGGCGGCCUGUCGGUGCUGCGGACCUUCCGCCUGAUGCGCGUGCUGAAGCUGGUGCGCUUCCUGCCGGCGCUGCAGCGGCAGCUGGUGGUGCUCAUGAAGACCAUGGACAACGUGGCCACCUUCUGCAUGCUGCUCAUGCUCUUCAUCUUCAUCUUCAGCAUCCUGGGCAUGCAUCUCUUCGGCUGCAAGUUUGCCUCCGAGCGGGAUGGGGACACCCUGCCAGACCGGAAGAAUUUUGACUCCUUGCUCUGGGCCAUCGUCACUGUCUUUCAGAUCCUCACCCAGGAGGACUGGAACAAAGUCCUGUACAAUGGUAUGGCCUCCACGUCAUCCUGGGCAGCCCUUUACUUCAUUGCCCUCAUGACCUUCGGCAACUACGUGCUCUUCAAUUUGCUGGUCGCUAUUCUGGUGGAGGGCUUCCAGGCGGAGGAAAUCAGCAAACGGGAAGAUGCGAGUGGACAGUUAAGCUGUAUUCAGCUGCCUGUCGACUCCCAGGGGGGAGAUGCCAACAAGUCCGAAUCAGAGCCCGAUUUCUUCUCACCCAGCCUGGAUGGUGAUGGGGACAGGAAGAAGUGCUUGGCCUUGGUGUCCCUGGGAGAGCAUCCGGAGCUGCGGAAGAGCCUGCUGCCGCCUCUCAUCAUCCACACAGCCGCCACACCCAUGUCGCUGCCCAAGAGCACCAGCACGGGCCUGGGCGAGGCGCUGGGCCCCGCGUCGCGCCGCACCAGCAGCAGCGGGUCGGCGGAGCCCGGGGCGGCCCACGAGAUGAAGUCACCGCCCAGUGCCCGCAGCUCCCCGCACAGCCCCUGGAGCGCUGCAAGCAGCUGGACCAGCAGGCGCUCCAGCCGGAACAGCCUCGGCCGUGCCCCCAGCCUGAAGCGGAGAAGCCCAAGUGGGGAGCGGCGGUCCCUGUUGUCGGGAGAAGGCCAGGAGAGCCAGGAUGAGGAGGAGAGCUCGGAAGAGGAGCGGGCCAGCCCCGCGGGAAGCGACCGUCGCCACAGGGAGUCCCUGGAGCGGGAGGCCAAGAGUUCCUUUGACCUGCCAGACACACUGCAGGUGCCAGGACUGCACCGCACUGCCAGUGGCCGAGGCUCUGCUUCUGAGCACCAGGACUGCAAUGGCAAGUCGGCUUCGGGGCGCCUGGCCCGGGCCCUGCGGCCCGACGACCCCCCACUGGAUGGGGAUGACGCGGAUGACGAGGGCAACCUGAGCAAAGGGGAACGGGUCCGCGCGUGGAUCCGAGCCCGACUCCCUGCUUGCUGCCUCGAGCGAGACUCCUGGUCAGCCUACAUCUUCCCUCCUCAGUCCAGGUUCCGCCUCCUGUGUCACCGGAUCAUCACCCACAAGAUGUUCGACCACGUGGUCCUCGUCAUCAUCUUCCUUAACUGCAUCACCAUCGCCAUGGAGCGCCCCAAAAUUGACCCCCACAGCGCUGAACGCAUCUUCCUGACCCUCUCCAAUUACAUCUUCACCGCAGUCUUUCUGGCUGAAAUGACAGUGAAGGUGGUGGCGCUGGGCUGGUGCUUCGGGGAGCAGGCGUACCUGCGCAGCAGCUGGAACGUGCUGGACGGGCUGUUGGUGCUCAUCUCCGUCAUCGACAUUCUGGUGUCCAUGGUCUCUGACAGCGGCACCAAGAUCCUGGGCAUGCUGAGGGUGCUGCGGCUGCUGCGGACCCUGCGCCCGCUCAGGGUGAUCAGCCGGGCGCAGGGGCUGAAGCUGGUGGUGGAGACGCUGAUGUCCUCACUGAAACCCAUCGGCAACAUUGUAGUCAUCUGCUGUGCCUUCUUCAUCAUUUUCGGCAUCUUGGGGGUGCAGCUCUUCAAAGGGAAGUUUUUCGUGUGCCAGGGCGAGGAUACCAGGAACAUCACCAAUAAAUCGGACUGUGCCGAGGCCAGUUACCGGUGGGUCCGGCACAAGUACAACUUUGACAACCUUGGCCAGGCCCUGAUGUCCCUGUUCGUUUUGGCCUCCAAGGACGGUUGGGUGGACAUCAUGUAUGAUGGGCUGGAUGCUGUGGGCGUGGACCAGCAGCCCAUCAUGAACCACAACCCCUGGAUGCUGCUGUACUUCAUCUCGUUCCUGCUCAUUGUGGCCUUCUUUGUCCUGAACAUGUUUGUGGGUGUGGUGGUGGAGAACUUCCACAAGUGUCGGCAGCACCAGGAGGAAGAGGAGGCCCGGCGGCGGGAGGAGAAGCGUCUACGAAGACUGGAGAAAAAGAGAAGGAAUCUAAUGCUGGACGAUGUAAUUGCUUCCGGCAGCUCAGCCAGCGCUGCGUCAGAAGCCCAGUGCAAACCUUACUACUCCGACUACUCCCGCUUCCGGCUCCUCGUCCACCACUUGUGCACCAGCCACUACCUGGAUCUCUUCAUCACAGGUGUCAUCGGGUUGAACGUGGUCACCAUGGCCAUGGAGCACUACCAGCAGCCCCAGAUUCUGGAUGAAGCUCUGAAGAUCUGCAACUACAUCUUCACUGUCAUCUUUGUUUUGGAGUCAGUUUUCAAACUUGUGGCCUUUGGUUUCCGUCGGUUCUUCCAGGACAGGUGGAACCAGCUGGACCUGGCCAUUGUGCUGCUGUCCAUCAUGGGCAUCACACUGGAGGAAAUCGAGGUCAACGCCUCACUGCCCAUCAACCCCACCAUCAUCCGCAUCAUGAGGGUACUGCGCAUUGCCCGAGUGCUGAAGCUGCUGAAGAUGGCUGUGGGCAUGCGGGCGCUGCUGGACACGGUGAUGCAGGCCCUGCCCCAGGUGGGGAACCUGGGACUUCUCUUCAUGUUGUUGUUUUUCAUCUUUGCAGCUCUGGGCGUGGAGCUCUUUGGAGACCUGGAGUGUGACGAGACACACCCCUGUGAGGGCCUGGGCCGGCAUGCCACCUUUCGAAACUUUGGCAUGGCCUUCCUAACCCUCUUCCGAGUCUCCACAGGUGACAACUGGAAUGGCAUUAUGAAGGACACCCUCCGGGACUGUGACCAGGAGUCCACCUGCUACAACACGGUCAUCUCGCCCAUCUACUUUGUGUCCUUCGUGCUGACGGCCCAGUUCGUGCUGGUCAACGUGGUGAUCGCUGUGCUGAUGAAGCACCUGGAGGAGAGCAACAAGGAGGCCAAGGAGGAGGCUGAGCUGGAGGCUGAGCUGGAGCUGGAGAUGAAGACCCUCAGCCCCCAGCCCCACUCGCCGCUGGGCAGCCCCUUCCUCUGGCCUGGGGUCGAGGGCCCCGACAGCCCCGACAGCCCCAAGCCUGGGGCCCUGCACCCAGCGGCCCAUGCGAGAUCAGCCUCCCACUUUUCCCUGGAGCACCCCACGGACAGGCAGCUGUUUGACACCAUAUCCCUGCUGAUCCAGGGCUCCCUGGAGUGGGAGCUGAAGCUGAUGGACGAGCUGGCAGGCCCAGGUGGCCAGCCCUCUGCCUUCCCUUCUGCCCCCAGCCUGGGCGGCUCCGACCCACAGAUCCCUCUAGCUGAGAUGGAGGCUCUGUCUCUGACGUCAGAGAUUGUGUCUGAACCGUCCUGCUCUCUAGCUCUGACGGAUGACUCUUUGCCUGAUGACAUGCACACACUCUUACUUAAUGCCCCGGAGAGCAAUGUACAGCCCCACCCCACGGAGCUGCCAGGACCAGACUUACUGACCGUGCGGAAGUCUGGGGUCAGCCGAACGCACUCUCUGCCCAAUGACAGCUACAUGUGUCGGCACGGGAGCAUUGCCGAGGGGCCCCUGGGACACAGGGGCUGGGGGCUCCCCAAAGCUCAGUCAGGCUCCGUCUUGUCCGUUCACUCCCAGCCAGCAGACACCAGCUACAUCCUGCAGCUUCCCAAAGAUGCACCUCAUCUGCUUCAGCCCUACAGCACCCCAACCUGGGGCACCAUCCCCAAACUGCCCCCACCAGGACGCUCUCCUUUGGCUCAAAGGCCACUCAGGCGCCAGGCAGCAAUAAGGACUGACUCCUUGGACGUUCAGGGCCUGGGCAGCCGGGAAGACCUGCUGGCAGAGGUGAGUGGGCCCUCCCUGCCCCUGGCCCGGGCCUACUCUUUCUGGGGCCAGUCGAGCACCCAGGCGCAGCAGCACUCCCGCAGCCACAGCAACAUCUCCAAGCACAUGCCCCCGCGAGCCCCUUGCCCAGGCCCACAACCCAACUGGGACAAGGGCCCUCCAGAGACCAGAAGCAGCUUAGAGUUGGACACGGAGCUGAGCUGGAUUUCAGGAGACCUCCUGCCCCCUGGCGGCCAGGAGGAGCCCCCAUCCCCACGGGACCUGAAGAAGUGCUACAGCGUGGAGGCCCAGAGCUGCCAGCGCCGGCCCACGUCCUGGCUGGAUGAGCAGAGGAGACACUCUAUCGCCGUCAGCUGCCUGGACAGUGGCUCCCAACCCCACCUGGGCACAGACCCCUCUAACCUUGGGGGCCAGCCUCUUGGGGGGCCUGGGAGCCGACCCAAGAAAAAACUCAGCCCGCCCAGUAUCUCCAUAGACCCCCCCGAGAGCCAAGGCCCUCGGCCCCCGCCCAGCCCUGGCGUCUGCCUCCGGAGGAGGGCUCCGUCCAGCGACUCCAAGGAUCCCUUGACCUCCGGCCCCCCUGACAGCAUGGCUGCCUCGCCCUCCCCAAAGAAAGAUGUGCUGAGUCUCUCCGGUUUAUCCUCUGACCCAGCAGACCUGGACCCCUGAGUCCUGCCCCACUUUCCCACUCACCUUUCUCCACUGGGUGCCAAGUCCUAGCUCCUCCUCCUGGGCUAUAUUCCUGACAAAAGUUCCAUAUAGACACCAAGGAGGCGGAGGCGCUCCUCCCUGCCUCAGUGGCUCUGGGUACCUGCAAGCAGAACUUCCAAAGAGAGUUAAAAGCAGCAGCCCUGGCAACUCUGGCUCCAGGCAGAAGGAGAGGCCCGGUGCAGCUGAGGUUCCCAACACCAGGAGCUGUUGGGAGAAAGCAAUACGUCUGUGCAGAAUCUCUAUGUAUAUUCUAUUUUAUUAAAUUAAUUGAAUCUAGUAUAUGCGGGAUGUACGACAUUUUGUGACUGAAGAGACUUGUUUCCUUCUACUUUUAUGUGUCUCAGAAUAUUUUUGAGGCGAAGGCGUCUGUCUCUUGGCUAUUUUAACCUAAAAUAACAGUCUAGUUAUAAUCCCUCUUCUUGCAAAGCACAAGCUGGGACCGCGAGCGCAUUGCAGCCCCAACGGUGGCCCAUCUUCAGCGGAGAGCGAGAACCAUUUUGGAAACUGUAAUGUAACUUAUUUUCUCCUUUAACCUCGUCAUCAUUUUCUGUAGGGAAAAAAAAAGAAAAAGAAAAAAUGAGAUUUUACAAAUGAAAUGGAAUCUUUUUAUAUAUACAUUACAUACAUAUCUAUAUAUAUAUAUAUAAAAUAAAGUAAUUUUCCUAAAUAAAAAGCUAAUCACGGUCCAGAGUAAAAGCAAAAGGGAUGGAGAGUUAGGCACGUCCAGAUGGCACUGAUGAGAGAGAGAUCCUGGAGAUGGGGAGUGGGCGGUGGGGAGGGAAGCUUCAGGGCUGCCUCUUUGUGUAUGAGUGUGUAUGUGUUUGUGUAUAUGAGUGUGUGUGUAUAUGAGUGUGAGUGUGUGUGUGUCUGAGAGUGAGAGAACCUGAACCCUUUGCUCUGGAAGGCUGCACCUCUAGCCUGCCCUCCCCAGCUGUGAAGGAGAGGAGAAGCCCCUCCGCCUGGUGCAGGCUGGGGAGGCAGGGUCUCCUCUGCUGCUAUCAAAGCUUUACUGCUUCCUCUAGCUAGGCAGCUCAGUGAAUGGGAGUAAUUCCAGAUUAACUCUUAUUUCUGCUGACAGCUAUCAGCCGCACAUUGAAAGCUGGAAAUUGGCAUAAUGAAGCUGUUUUGGUUUAAUGGGGCCGACUGAGGCUGGGGGAGGUUGCCUCAGAGGCUGCAGAUCUGGAUCUGUGGGUUGGUGGGGGAGGGGGGAAGUGUUUCUGGGUUUUCCUUCCUGAAGCUUCAGCACAGAUUUGCCACACUUCUGGCUGGAUGCGUGACCUGAGCUUUCUGGACUUCAGCCUCCUGCCCUUGGGGGUGGGCUUAGCUGACUGGCAUUACAGGCACUGCCCGAUGGGGACCUCGUCCACCUGCCCGCGAUGGAAUUAAGCUAUAUAAACGGACUGGGCUGCCCUUCCUGAGGAUGAGGGUCCAGGGCUGGGCGUCCAGAGGCAACCUCCUGGUGGAGGUGGUAGGGUCGGAGGCCAGGCUGCAGGCUGCUGAGUGGGGAGCUGGCCCCCUGGGCGGUGAUGAGGGAGUGCUCAAGAUGUUUACAUGUGCUGCUGCUGCUGCCUGCCCAGGGGGAGCCAGUGGAGAAGGGAGGUUUGAAGGUGGUCAGGGACAGACAGGCAGGAAGAGGGGGAGUGGCGUGGCCCAGGCCACCUGUCUGGUGCUACUGCAGACAAUAUUCUCUUGUCUGAAAUCUUGGUGCCAAGAGGUGGCGACCAUGGGUCCAGGCAGCCUGUCACCUAGCCACUCCCAAACAUCUGUCCCAACCCCACUCCCUUGAACAGCCCUAUCCCCUUGCCCCCAAGGCCUUCAAACCCCAGGAGUGGACUGGGUUCUUGAAACCUCACUGGCAAUGCUCGUUCACGCACUGUCUGACCUGGUCAGCUGGGAACUGGGAGCACCAGGCUGCCGGGCGAGCGGACCUGGAGGCGUUGUCCAGCCUUGUGUUUUCUAAGCUGGGUGAGAGCUUUCCUCAUUGCUCUUUUGGACAGAACUGAUACCAGUCCUUGAAGCCAAUGCCUGGUUUUAUCCUUUUAGGGUGUGCAAUAAUGUCAGACUUUUUCCUCUGGCCUCUUUGGGUGGGGAGAGGGAGCGCUUGUAGGAGCUGCCAUUUAAGAUUUAAAAAAAAAAAGCAAAGCUAUACAAAAUUCCUAGAGUUCUGUCACCUGGAUCUGCAGACUAAGCUUUUAUAUUUUUGUAGAAUUCUGUAGCUGUCUAUUCCCUAAUGAGGUUGGAGGAUAUGGGCAGGGGGUUCUGGGAUCUUUUAUUCUUCUAGUGGUUAGAGGAUUCUGGGUCAAGGUGAAGCCAGAGAGCUGGACUCCUACCCCCCCCCCCCCUUCCAGCACCCCCCACCCACCACCACCACCACUUGCACACCCCAGCAGCACUGGAGUACUGGAGAGUUGCUUAGGUUGAGUCUUAGCAUGCCUGUUUCUUUCUGGGUUCCCCCUUCCCUGGCUUCCUCUUCCCAGCAGGGACCGAGGAAUUUGGGGUGAACUUACUAUGCUUUUGGGUUGCUUUGUAGAGAUCUGCAGGGACCAGCCUGGUGAAAACAAAAAGACUCACCUACUCCCUCGCCAGCAGCCCUCUCUGUGGCCUGGAGGGUUUCUCUGGAAGAGGGCAGUGCCUGGAGGGGGGCCUCUGGAUAGCGAUGUGGAAAUAUUAAUAGCAGAGUCAAAUUGGGUAUUUUGGGGGAGUCGGGGAGAGAACUGUGACCUCUCCCCCCAACGAUGUAAAAUCUUUAUCAAUGAUGGAAACUGUUGUGUCUCAUUAAAAGGGUUUUGAGGUGGAAAAGCAGCUGCCGCUGGAUCUUAAUAAUAAUAUCAAGACUGCUAACCUCA